AGCAGUUGCUCUCUGCUGACCAAUGAGGAAAAAAGGGGCGGUGUUUGAGCGCUGAAGCAUGGACGAGAUGAGGGAUGGGGGGCGGCAGCUGCACUACAACACCCAGGAGGUUGCCCGAUUUGAGGAGGAGCAGAACAAGAUCACUUGUCCAGGAGGUGCAGCAAAGAUGCUGAAGUAUGUAUGUCAACAAAGCCAGGGGAAGCCAGGAGGUGGUCAGUGGCUGCCAGGAGAAAAUCCAGCACUGAAGGUAGAAGAAGACUAUGAUGCACUUCAAGAACGACUGGGAACCUUGCCUGAUAAGUUGUCCUAUGAUAUUAUGGUACCUUUUGGCCCUUUGGCUUUCAUGCCAGGGCGUCUCGUCCACACCAAUGAAGUUACCGUACUACUCGGGGAUAACUGGUUUGCCAAAUGUUCAGCAAAACAAGCAAUGAGUUUAGUGGAUCACAGGAAAAAACAUGUCAGGAAAGCCUUGGAAGAAUUUCAGCAGACCAUGAAGAACUUUGAGUCCAGGGUGGAGUUCACUAAGGACCUGCAAAGAAUGAGCAAUGAAUCCAGCGAGUUCUUUGAUAUCAGGGAAGAAGUGAACAUGGACACAGUGUGCACCAAAGGCAAACACCGUACAGCUCACAAACCUCACUCAAAACCAAAGGCUGCAGACAGCACCAAGGUGGAUUUCCGGGAAGGAGAACAUAAAGAUGGCUUUAUAGACAAUGCAGAGCUGUGGGCAAGGCUGGAGGAACUAGAGAAGCAAGAACAAAUACGAGGAGAGCUGGAAGAAAUACGUGAAACGAUUCUAUUUGGUAAUGAAGAAAACAAAGAAAAUCUAAAGACCGAUCUGAAUGUAGAUCACGACUAUCAAGCUCAAGGCAAUUGCAUAAAGUUUGAGUCCACUCAGAACAAAGCUCAAGUCAAUGGCUCAAUAAUAUUAAAUCACAGCGAUGAGGAAGAUUAUUUGGAAAGUGGAAAAAAUUCUGUGGCGACAAUCCGAUUUUCUCAUACGGUUGAACCAAAAAGGGUGAGAAUUAACACUGGAAAAAAUACAACUUUGAAAUAUAGUGAAAAGAAAGAAGAAGCAAAACGAAAAAGGAAAAACAGCAACGGAAAUGGUCACUCUGUACCAGAUCUGCCAGUGAUAAAGACUCCGGCAGAUAUUUACAGAGUGUUUGUGGAUGUUGUAAAUGGAGAAUAUGUGCCCCGGAAAUCUAUCAUGAAGUCUCGAAGCCGUGAGAACAGCGUGUGCAGUGACGCCAGUGAUCACAGCUCCCACGAAUUUGAGGAAAGAAGAGGUUUUAUAAGGAACAUAAGCCUAGAGGACAACCCCUUCAGUGACUACAGUGAAGAUGAUGACCGGGGCCAUAAAAAGAUUUCCCCUGUGUCUGAACCAUUAGAGCCAUUUUCUGGAACUGUAAUAGAAAAGGAGCCUUUCUCUAUAUCUGUGCCAGUGACCGGAAUUGCCCACCCAGGUCUGCCCACCAUCCAGGAAGUAAAAUCUGAAGAAGUCACAACAGAAUUAAUUGAGGAAGCACCAAAAAGAGUCUCAAAAUUCAAAGCAGCCAGAAUACAACAAAAAAAGUAACCUUCAUCCUGCUUCUUGAGCAAGUGUUUAGGUCUGGAUCACGUUUACUCGUUCGCUCUGUGCCGGAUAAUUUGCUCGUUAACUUUUAAUCAUUGAGGUGAAUUCACAAUCACUUUGAGAAGUUUUUUCUUUUGGAAUAAAUAUGCAAUUUUCACGGUUUUUAGUUUGAGUAGUACUGUCUGAACCCUUUACAUGUGAAGUGGCAGAGAGGAGACCCCAUUCCCCUCGUUCUCCCUCUACAUCCUAUUCUGCACACAAUCAUAGAGGUUUUAGUCAAACGUUUCUUAAGACCUGUAUAGAGGUAUUUUUUUUUGUCAUUCAUUUGUAUUGCCUGGACCUGAAUCCUUUAGGAUUAUUCAGCUCAGGAGAAUCUUUUAUAGGUGCAGUCAUUUAUAGUGACACACCUGCACUAAAACAGGGAUUUCCAUAAUGGAGGAAGGAGAUGCAUUGUGCCAAUGGCAACACCAAAGGACAGUGCAGACACUUUAUUGUUCCCUAAACUAAUGCAAUAGAUGGGCAUGUACAGCCAUGUUUAGAGCCGUAUACCAAUGAGGAAAGGGUGAAUUCUAAAAUCAUUGUUACAGAACUCUCAGGUUUUUCUGUAUUUUUUUUUCCUUUUAAGAAAGAUAAGGGGGAUAGAAAAGGCUAUUGUUCCAAAAACAUUUCGUACACUACAAGCAGGUGUAGAAGUCGAUGCUUUUGGGACAAUAGUAUAGUAUUUCUCACAUGUAAAAUGUGCUUUGUCUCCAAACAUAAUUGCAGCAAAGGAUCAGGUUUUCAUACAUUCUGAAUUGCAGCCAGGUAGCUCUGUGUGUCCGCUCUUAGAGGCGAAUUUAUACAGCGGGAAAUCCGCCACUACAAGCGGACACCCAGCUACCUGUCCACAGCCGGGAACUCGGCCCCUCUGUGACUGCCGUUGGCACAUCCACAGCAUGUAAUACGCUGUGGAUACGCCCUGUGUGCCCUUAGGGGGGAAUUUCACUUUAAAGAAUGACUCCUAAGUAGAAUGAAUAUAGUACAUGCUUCCCUCAGAAAGGUAACUUGUCACCCAUCAGUAGUGCCUUUUAUAUAAGCUAGCAAAGCAAAAGUAACCAUCCAUUCCUUGCCUUAGUAGUGCCAACUUUUCCUAAGGUUCUUUAAUACAUAUGCUUAGAAUAAAUGUAACUACUUCUGCAGGUUAAAUGUCGCUGUGUAAAUAAAUUUCUUAUCUUGUAUUGAUUUUAAAUUAGUCUGCAUUGUACUUCAACUAUAGUCACUAUUGUGCUGGUAGAGUCAAUGUGAGCACAUAUUAUAUAACUUGUUCCCCAUUUACAACAUAUUUUGGGGCACAAAGUAUUCUUCCGCAUACAGCAUUGGUCUCUUACCCAAUGUAGUCUGGUAGUGACUAUGUUUGGUCUAUUUCUUGAACGUGUAUAAAUUUGGGUAAUAGACUGAACACAGUCACUAGUUGACACACUCUUUACCAGGUUAGCGGAGAGAUCUUAUAAUGUAAGAAAAACGAACCACUCUCUGUGUCAGUAAAUUUCCAGAGUAAGCUGUAAGCAGACGCUGAACAUCCGGCAACUAUGGUGAGGUUUCAACUUUAAAGCCUGCAGAAUUGUGGCUGCAGGUCUGUAAAUUCAUAAAAAUACUUGCCCCUGUACUGAUGCUGAAUUACAGCCUGUAGUAGACUCCAAAGUGGCUUAAAUUGUUACGAUCAUUAAGAUAACUUUUAAAGGGGUACUCCGCCCCUAAACAUCUUAUCCCCUAU